UUUUUCCAGAGAGAAAAUCACGGAAACCGAUGUAGAUUCUCUAUCUCCUCUCCUCCAGGUAGUUCAUUUCAUACAUACAUACAUACAUAUAAUCCUAAAGAAAGAUCUAAAGAAACCUAAAAACAUGGAGAUUUUUUUGAAUUUUCUUUAACUCUUCCCAUGACUUUUCUCACUGCGCACGAAGAGCCUAUUUCUUCUCUCCAGAUCUUACUUUUUCUAUCUAUCAAACCAUCUCUCCCAUUUCAUUUCUGAAAAAGAAAAAAAAAAAUGUGUAGUAACAACAACACAAGUGGUGGAAGCUAUCGAGAGUUACAGUUACGUGAAGAUGAUGAUGAGUACUCUGGUUCUUGUCGGAAGAAACAGAAGAAAAGUGAAAAAGUACGGCGAAGAGGACCUGGUGUAGCCGAACUAGAGAAGAUCCGUCUUCAAGAAGAGCACAAAUCUCCACUUUCUUUAUUACAAAACAUGGAUCAUCAUCAUCACACUCUCUUUGCUCCGUCGUCCCAUGAUUUAGUGAUGAUUCCUCCUAACUUUGCUUUGCCGGAGAAACUGCCGUCUUUACCGGGGUUUCCUUUACCGUACGGAUCUUUGGUUCCUCCGGCGCCGGUUUUUCAGAGGAAGCAGCAACAGUCUCUAACGAUGAAUCUCCCGAAUCCACCUCUAGGACAAGGGAGAUUUUAUCAAUUCAUAGAGCCCCCUUCAAACCAAACCAAUUCUGUCUCUCAGUUUCUUGAGGAAGAAAAUAAAAAGAUGGUCAAUGCGAAGAAGAGGCCAUGGCAUUUUCUUUCUGACACCACGGAACCUAGCGUUGGACCAACCACAACAACAAUUUUAAGGGACGCGAUACAAAACCGGUCGCUUGGUAUAAGUCCGGUUCAAGAUUUCGGUACAACAAUUAGCAAUCCCAUCGCCAUUGAUUCACCUAAUUCUUCCAUUCCAAGCUUUCCACGUCAUUACCCGAGGUUUAUCCCACUUGGCUUACAGUACGAACAACAACAACAACUGAAAGACUUUGAUGAGAAGGAUAUGCAAUGGAGAAGUAAUAAGCCGUUCUAUAGCUUCAUACCCUCUGAAGAUCGGAGCAAUGCUGACCGAGAACGACAAUCCUGGGACCAGUAUGAAUCAGCCGCUGAUCAUGGAAUCGAUCUCAGCCUUAAGUUAUAGUGACUUUAGAAACAACUUUAGUCUUUUGUAUCUUUGGAUAUAUAUCAAUUAACUUCCCCACAACUCUAUUAGUUUGUGAUUCAUGGACGAACCAAGACUUGUUGACAAGAAGGUUUGUUUGUAACACUGAAAAGUCUUAGUAAAAUCUUUCACUUGAGUUCCUAAUAAAAACUGCUAUUGUCGUUAACAAUGAUACUAUGGACAAACAGAACAAACCCAAUUGUUUCUUGAAAUCUUGGUUAAGCUGUCUAUGCAAGUGGAUAUGAAGCUCAGACAUCACCAUGA